UGACGCGACUGACGCGCAAACAUAUAUAUAUAGCCCCUUCCGCCCCUUCCGGACAAUAAUUUUGUUUUCUUGAAAACAUCCAUACUCGAACUACUCUUGUUUUUAUCCAUCAAAAUCAUCAAAAUCAUUUUUUCUAUUUUUCUACUAUUUCUACUAUCUAUAAACUAUAAAUAUGGACACUUCCCUUCAAUCGCCUGCUCAAGCUCAAGGUCGAGGUCGUAUUUCUACAUCUACACAGGAAGAGGAACUUCAACUACUUACAACAACGGGGCGACCUUUAAACGCGUAUGUUACCUUAAUUACUCAAGAGGAGGAGGAAAUUCAAUUAAUUACAACUCCGGGGCAACCUUUAAACGCGUAUGUGACCUUAAUAACGACUCAAGAAGAAGAGGAACUUCAAAUAAUUGCAACGGAAGAGGAAAUUCAAAUACUUACAACGCCGGGGCGACCUUUAAACGCAAAUAAAGUCGACUUUUCCAAGUAUGUUGAGCAACAUACUUACGUAUUUAAUGAUGUCUUUGACGCUGAUGCUAACAACGAAGAGGUUUAUAAACGAACAGCUAUACCAUUGGUCACCCACGGUGGAAAAGCAACAUGUUUUGCAUCUGGACGAACAGGAAGUAGCAAGGCAUUCAUGCUUGACCAGAGACAUGGUCUUUAUAUCUAUGCAGGUCAAGAGAUUUUUACAUUAUUACAGGACCGAAGGUUUAAUCAAUUAGCGUCAUAUAUAGGAUUUUAUGAGGCGUAUCAAGGACAACUAUUCGAUAUAAUGAAUCAGCGAAAGAAGAUAUUCCCUCAAGAUGACGGAUCGGAUGUUAUAUUCGCAGAAUUACGAGAAUUUAAAAUUGAUAAUAGUCUGUUGGAAUGUGUCUGUGCGACGUGUCUAGCGCAACAUCCUCUCGAUCUAUGUAAACUACAUGUUAUUCAAAUUUGUGCAUUGGGUGACCUCGAAUUCAAUUUUGAAUUUUAAAAUCAGUACUCAAAUUUUGUACAUUCGCGUCUUUUUUAUUCACGCAAUGGGGAUAUCAGUUUUUUUUUCUUACAUAUUAUCAUACAAGUUGUAAUAAAAUUAAUAGAAUUUU